AUGGAAGUAAAAAAGAUGCGGCAACACAAGCAGUUGGCAGCAGCACAGCAAGCAGCAACAGAGAGCAACAAAAAGGCAGCAGCAGAAAGAGGAGGGAUUGAAAUCCGCAGUCAAAUCAAAUUGAGUAUAGUUAUGCAGGGACGGUUGUUCAUAGGAAUUAACGAACAACAUGGUCAUAUGUUUUUUGAGUACUUGAAUGGCUUGAUUGCGAAUCUCCUCCACCUCCUCUCUGCAUCUCGACCCUCUCGUUCUCCCUCUAAGGCUUGCAUGCGACUCAACGCACGACACCGCGCCAACUGCAGGCCAAUAAACUUUAUGAGAUCCGCGCCAGUGCACGAACCAGUAACGGUCGCGCUGGCGAUCCUAGCAAAGGGAAGGGAAGGACCCUGUACAAUCCUUAACACAUACUUUACUCUAGGCAGGGGAAAGAAAAAAGCCACAUGGCCGCUGACAAUCCCAAGACGUCCACCUUAA